GCCGAGGUGCUAGACAUGGACACCAACGCCGGCUCCUUCGUCGCCGUCCGACGGCUCGCCGGCUCCGACCGCGCCGCCGGCGCCGUCGCGUUCCACCACUCCUCCUCGGCGGAGGUCGUGACGGGGUCGACGGCGUGGAUCGGCAGGGGGCUCUCCUGCGUAUGCGUGCAGAGCAGGGACAGCGACGCCCGCCUCUCCUUCGAUUUGACGCCUCUUCAGGAAGAGUGCCUACUGAGAUUGCAGAACCGGAUAGAAGUCCAGUAUGACGGUUCUAACAGAGAGCAUCAGGAAGAACUGAAGGCCCUUUGGUAUGCCUCCUUUCCUGGAACUGAGCUUCGGGGCCUAAUAUCAGAACAAUGGAAAGAGAUGGGCUGGCAAGGGAAAGACCCAUCUACAGAUUUUAGAGGUGGAGGCUUCAUCUCCUUGGAGAAUCUAUUAUUCUUCGCCAGAAACUAUUCGAAAUCUUUUCAGGAGCUUCUUCGGAAGCAGAAUGGUGACCGUGCAAUUUGGGAGUAUCCAUUUGCUGUAGCUGGUGUAAAUAUAACAUUCAUGCUCAUUCAGAUGCUUGAUCUACAAGCAGUUAAACCAAGAUCCUUGUUUGGAGCUGUUUUCCUGAAACUACUUUCAGAAAAUGAUCGAGCUUUUGAUAUCCUUUACUGCAUAACCUUCAAGCUGAUGGACCAGCAUUGGCUUGACAUGCACGCCACUUACAUGGACUUCAAUACGGUCAUGAAAUCUACACGACGACAUCUAGAAAGGGAGUUGUUGCUUGAAGACAUUCAGCGGAUUGAGGAUAUGCCAUCAUACAAGCUUCUAGCCCGCUAGCUAGUAACUGAACCCUUAACAUGGCUUACACGUUGCAAGGCUUGAACUGCUAAACGAUGGAGAAUUCCAAUACGUAGAUGCACAUGUAUCAUCGUGUUUUAGGUACUCUCACAACCUGAGCUCUCAUAUUUACAUAGUAGGGGUUUUCUUGGUCAGCAUACCACGUAGGGUAACUCCUGUGUCCGACCAACUGCCAGGAGGCAGAGUAUUUGUAGGGCGUGGGUGUGUGUUCUGCUGAAGUUCGGUUAUUGCUCAGUCAUACCACGAAAUGAGGUGCUUCCUCCUGGUCUUUGUCUCUGUCUUUGUAAACUUUAUGCUCUUGUGAAAGCUAAUCUGGGCUGUAGCGGUUUGCAUACAUGGGCCGGGUUGAUUGAU